AUGGCCUUGAGUGCAUACGAACUGCGUGGAGUACGGCUUAAGAGACAGUUCGACGAGCCCACUGAUGGUGGAGGGUAUGCAAGAUUGAAAAGUAGAACAAGACGUGCCGGUCAGACGAUGUAUAUAAGUAAAAGCGGGAGCAGUGUGACACCGUCGAUGAGUUCGGUUCUGGCGCAGCUCAAAUCGCAAAGAGAGCUGUCGUCAACGUCGUGGAGCAGCGACCAGUGUUAUAGUACGGCUACAUUGUCGUUGGACUCGCAGUGUGAGCUAGAUGGAUGCCGAUUGGACAGCGUUGGCACUCCUGGAUCCGCUUCGACGAGAUCGUCGGCUUCCUCCUCAACAUCGUCAAAGUCGUCAAAUUCGUCGAAUUCCUGUCUAACGACCAGCACAAACAACCAUCCACUGAUCAGUUCGGAACAAAAUGGUAACAGCAGCAGCAGUAGCAGCAGUAACACGGUAGCGACUAGAACAAAAGUCGCGCCACGAUUGAAACUGAUCAACCCACAAGACGUGGAUCUCGCAGAUUGCUACAUCUCAGCAGAACUACUACAAGUGCGCUACAAACCGGUCUACCAGCGUCCCAAACAGAGCAGGCAUCGCUCACAACCAGGACCGUCGCGUCGCCCGUCUGUGGAACUCACCAUCGAUCCACACACCAACGUCGGCAUCGCUCAGUACCUUGACAACCGUCACAAACCAACGUUUCCACUGUACGAUUCCAACGUGGUGGAGCUGGAAAACUGGCCCAAAGCGAACCAUAAAAAUCAUCAAGAUAAAGAGACACCCACACGACUGGAUGUGGCUUGCCAUGAGACGUCUUCGUCGGUGCCCAACAGACGCGUACGACAACAAACGCUCAAUCACAACUUUCUCAAGCUCUACGCGAUGGAAACCACGGCAAAGACCCACAACCUAAUACCGGACCUCAACGUUGACGAACAAGUGCUUCGACGGUUGAGUUACCGUGAUAUUUGGAACUUGGAAAUCCCCAAAUCUUCACAGGCUCAUGGCGUCAGUGUCCGUGAUAUCAAGCUUGCUCUUAUCACCCGCAAGAAGCUAUGGUCCGAUAUGAUGUGUGAGCCUCGCCAAGACCUACACGGAGACCAUGCGCCUUGGAACAUGAAGUUUGUGGUGGUCGAACCGUCCACAGGGCCCCAAAAGGUAUCAGAGUCCGCCAGCAGCUCUCUAGUGCGUGUCAACUCCGAUAUCAAGCCCUGGAUUGGACCCAGCUCGAACCGGAUGCUACGGCCUUCUGGGAAACUACAACUUUUUGCACGCACCAAACCUAAUCAGCCGCUACGAGAAAUACAGUACGUGGUGAAGGGCUGGUGCGAUGCACGCUUCCAGACGUAG